CCGCGGCGCAGAAGAAGACUGGAGCAACAGACACGCGACACAUGAGUUUACAGUCAACUGGGGAAAACGCUGUUUACACAAGAAAUACACAAUGAAAACAGAAAAACAACUCAAACAGAAGAAUGAUAAACAUUUCAGUAAAAAGAAGUCAAAGAAAAAUGCAGACCCUGGAUCAGACGACCACCUCAAUCAGAUUCCUCAUCGAUUACGAGAAAUCAUGAAGAGUAAAGAAAGGAUGAAACAGGGCUUUAAAAAGAAGAAAAAAGACUCAAAGCCGAAGAUGCUCUCGGGAGAUAUUCCUGUCCCGCACUUCCGCAGAAGGCAAAGGGAGUCCGAGAAGGCUUACGUCCGCCGCAUGACAGAAGAGGCGGAGCACGUCCUCUUCCUCACAAACAACCAGGUGGAGCGACAUCCGGAGGUGGAGCUAAAGAAAGAGGAGGAGCCGACGGGGGAAAAGAAAUCUGCUAAAAAGAAAUGGGAUAAAUUCAAACUACAGCAGCAGAAAAAGAAGUUAAACCAGCAAGCGGAACGUGACGAGGAGGAGAUGUUUAAAGAUGAGGUACAAUUUGGAGAAGUGGCCAUGGCACCUCCAUCACUGAGCGUCAAACCAAAGAAAGCCACAGUCAAGCCUCAGGGGGCAUCAAAAGGUCUUCUCCUGAGCUCCCUCCUUGGCCACAGCUCUGUGUCGGUGAACAAACCAUCGAUGGCGAGGAAGAGGAUGAUGGAGGAAGAGCGUGAGAGGGUAGUGCAGCUGUACAGACAGAUGAAGCAGCAGAAGCAGAGACACAAACCUGAGAGGGACAGCGGUGCCACAAACUCUACAUGAUGCUCUGAUUCUAUCACUUUGUAUUGCAUAUUUGCUUCAUCUCUACUGGUUCAAAUCACCAUAUUGAAGACAUUUCUGGUAACAUAUUUACAAGUGGGUGUAGCAGAACUGUGUAUAAGACAAAACCACACUUUUAUGUAAUGCACUGUGAUGCAUUUGGCCUAUAAAAACAAAAAAAUGCUGCAAUGGUUUAUUUCUAUUGCACUUGACACAUUCUGCAUUGUAUAGAAGCAUCUGCAUGGGUGGAGAUUAAUAGGUAAAUAGUUUGUUUAAUAGCAAUAAUGCUCAAUUUAAGUCAAGUUCAAAUUAAUGAGCAGUUCUAUAAAAUUAGCAGUCUUGUUCAGUCAGUUUAAUGCUGUUUAAUGAGAAUGAUUGAAUGUGGUUACAGCUUUUUCUCAGAUAAUACAUUCAUACUGAGCUUAGGGAUCUGUUGUAUCAGUAUUUGCUGAUUUUAAAGAGCUGCUUUGAGGUUGUUUAUGAGUGCAGAUGUACCGUCUCAUCUAGAUGUGAGCCUAAUGAAUUGCAAUAUUAUAUCUCAUGUACACUAAAAAAAUGAUUCAUUGGAUUUACUCAAUUUUUUUUAAGGUAAGGGGUUGCAAACAUUUUAUUUAAGCUGAAUUUAAACAAUUAAGUUAAACAUUAUUAAAUAUUACUAAUUUACUAAUUACUAAAAGUUGUUUGCUUUAAUUCAGCCCAUAUACAUUGUUUGCAACAAGUUUGCUAAAUUAUUUUUUAUCUUAUUGUAAGAUGAGCAGACUUAUUUAUCUGAUGCCUUAUCUAAAGUUAGCAGUUGAACUGUAGACAACAGAAUAAAUAUUAAAGGGGCUUGGUAUGACCAUUUGGGGUAAAACAGCUUUGUUUUCGACAUCUGGUUUAAGGUCUGCAUAAAAAUAGUGGAAAAUGUAAACUCAAAAAUUGCUUAAAUGCAUUUUCUGAGAGAUGUCAAAAGAAAAAAACAGAAGAAUUAAUAAUAAUAAAGCAAGAAGAGAAGAUAUUUUUUCUUUCUCAGGCAUUUGUCUGUGUUGCUCUUGGGUUUUUGUUUUUCACAAUAUCAGAAUUCAUCACAAUCUAAAAUCAUCUGUAUUCUGCACACACUGAAUAAAGUGUUG